AUGGAAAAUAGGAAUAAUGUCACUGUGUUUAUUCUCUUGGGACUUUCCCACAGCAAGAAUAUUGAAAUCACCUGCUUUGUCUUAUUUUUAUUUUGCUACAUAGCAAUUUGGAUGGGUAAUAUGCUUAUAAUGAUUUCAAUCACAUGCAGCCAGCUAAUUGAACAACCCAUGUAUUUCUUCCUAAACUACCUCUCACUCUCUGACCUUUGCUACACUUCCACUGUGACGCCCAAACUAAUGACUGAUUUACUAGCCGAAAGGAAGUCCAUUUCCUAUAGUAACUGCAUGAUACAGCUCUUUACCACCCACUUAUUUGGAGGGAUCGAGAUCUUUAUCCUCACUGGGAUGGCCUACGAUCGCUACGUGGCUGUCUGCAAGCCCCUUCACUAUACCACCAUCAUGAGCCGGCAGAGGUGCAACGCGAUCAUCGUAGCCUGCUGCACAGGGGGAUUUAUACACUCUGCCAGUCAGUUUCUCCUCACCAUUUUCUUACCAUUCUGUGGUCCCAAUGAGAUCGAUCACUACUUCUGUGACGUGUAUCCUUUGCUGAAAUUGGCUUGUUCUAAUACACAUAUCAUAGGUCUCUUAGUCAUUGCUAAUUCAGGCUUAAUUGCUUUGGUAACUUUUGUGGUCUUGAUGCUGUCUUAUUUCUUCAUAUUGUACACCAUCAGGGCAUUUUCUGCCGAGAGCCGCAGCAAAGCUCUUUCCACUUGCACUUCUCAUGUGACGGUUGUAGUUCUAUUUUUUGCACCUGCUUUGUUCAUUUACAUUAGACCUGCCACAACUUUCCCAGAAGACAAAGUAUUUGCUUUGUUUUACACCAUUAUUGCCCCCAUGUUCAAUCCUCUGAUUUACACGCUCAGGAAUGCAGAGAUGAAGAGUGCCUUGAAGAAAGUGUGGUGUCGUCACCUUCCCUUGGAAGGAAAGUAA